AGUAAAUCGUAGUAAAUUUAAGGCAAAGCUUUUUUUAUUAAAUCAGUUUUCAGACCUCUUCAUAAUGGUCAUUUUUUUCUUUUUUUCUUUUAAGGCUUAUCUAAAACGACUUAAACAGACAAAGAAACACAGAUUUUACUCCCCAACAGCUUUAUCAAAUGUGUACAAGCUCGUAAAAAAGAUGGUGUCUCUGUAAGAAAAGCGGCUGCCCUGUUCAACGUCCCAAAAACCACUCUAAGACAUAGAACUGCUGAAAGGGUCAAUGUUAACAUUAUGUCUGCAGGAGCUUUGCCUUUGUUUACCUAUGAGGAAGAAAAAAAAUGGUUGAGCAUUUAAAAAAAAUGGCUGAAUAUGGCUAUGGGUAUACCAGGAAAGAGUGUAUAGACAUUGCAUCUGACUACGCCGUUCAGUUGGGUAAAAGAACGAAGGAUAACCCCCUGUCUCUAAAGUGGAUUUAUGGUUUUUUAAAGCGCUGGCCAGAACUCAAAGUUCUCAAACCAAGAGCCCUUGAUCAUGCUCGAGCUAAAAUGGCCUCAAGGGAAACCAUCUCGAAUUUAUAUCACAACCUCAAAGAAACAUUAACAAAAUAUGAAAUGACUGAUAAGCCCACCUGAUCUACAACAUUGAUGAAAAAGGGGAAACAAUUAAUCACAAACCACCAUUCAGCGUAGCCGGUGCUGAUUACUGUCCUUCAUCUGUCACUUCUGUAAAAGGGCAGACAAUCACAAUAAUUGGACGCGGUAAUGCAGCAGGUCAAGCUAUACCUCCAUUUUACAUUUUCCCAGGCCAACGAAUGAAACUUGACUUGUUGAAUGGUGCAGCUCCAGGCUCUAAUGGUACAGUAAGCGAGACCGGAUUGUCCAAUGGUUGCGUUUUUCGCACCUACUUAGAGCAGCAUUUCCUGAAGUUCACCCCAGGAUCUAGUGACCAGAAGAAACUACUGAUACUUGAUGGCCACAAAUCACAUGUGUCAGUUGGUUUGACAGAAUGGGCUCUGGAACACAACAUCGUCAUAUUUGUCCUUCCCCCUCAUUGCAGCCAUAUCCUUCAACCUUUAGAUAUUGUCUGCUUUGGACCGUUCCAGAAGAUGUAUGACAGCCUCUGCCAUCGACUUAUGCGCCAAACAUCAGCUGUCAUUACACGCUACAAUGUGUGUGAGGUGGCAUCAAAGGCAUACAUGAAGUCAAUGUCUGCUGAAAACCUUUCUUCAUCAUUUUGCCGUGCAGGCAUAUACCCGUUUAAUGAAGACGCUGUCCCCAGCCAAUGUCUUAUCCCAGCUGAAGUUUUUCAGCAAACCGAGACAGAAACUUCAGGCAGCCAGAAAACUGUUGAAGGUGGGAUACAAGUUGAUGGUGUAGACAUGUUUGCACAGAAAGAAAGAACAUUAAAGAAAACAAAAAGUGGAAAUUUGGCUAAAGCUAGAAAUACAAUGAGCAAAAUAGUGGCCGGUAAAGAAAUAUCAGGCGAGGUCUUGAAACAAAUGACGAAUCAUACAGAUAAACAAAACAAGAAUAAACCAAACAAAACUAAGAAAGCUACCAGUAAUGAGGCCCACAGUUCAUCUCCCCAGUCUGGUCCCUCUAUAGUCACCAUUUCUGACAGUAGUGACACUGAAAACGAAGAGGACUUGGGUUGCCAAUGCAAACGAUUUUCCCCUGAAGCUGUCAGGCACAGUGCUUCAAUUUUUUUUGUCAAAUGGGCACAGUGUGACAAUAGAGCCUGCAACCACUGGGUACACCUGUCAUUUUGUACAGAAAUUAAAGUCAUCAGAAGAGGUGCAACAUUUAUGUGCCCAUGCUGUGCUAAAAAAGAGUGACAAUUGUUCUUAAGAAAAGUGAAAGAAACUUGUUCAAUUGUAUUUAUAAAAUAUUGAAAACAUAUUUAAUAUAUAUUUACUGUUUUAGUUCGUGUUAAAAUUGUUCAGAGAAGCGAAGUUUUAAGUUUAUUUGGCCUAAUCCAUUACCACUAGAGUGCUGUCCCUUUCCCGGAUGUGACGUAUCGACUUAAGGUAAACAACGCGCGGAGUUAGUGUUCUUGUAGUGUGUAUGGAACUAUCGGCUUUGCGUAGUAAAACAUGCUGUAAAUAAUCAUUUUUGACAUUGAUUUAACGGUUAUUAAAUAAAUCUCUGAAGUUACUGUACAGUACCCUGUAUACAGCCGGACAUUGCGGUCACAUAUUGUGUGGUCGUUACGGAGCUGCCCCGGGCCGUUAGGCCGUUACUGUUUUCUUUUUUACGAACAUUGGAAAACGUUGUGUUUGAAUUUAAUCAGUAAAAAUAAAUCGCAAUGAAAAUGAAA